AUGACGAAUGAUGAUCGUAGUAGUCUACAAGAUGAAAUUAAAAGAUUUCAAGAAAAACGACGACGAAUUGAAAAAUCAGAUUCAGAAAAUGAAUUCGAUUUAGAUGAUGAAGAGGACACAAAAAAUGAAAAUGUUUAUGUACCAUUAAAACAACGACGUCGACAACAAUUACAACGAGUUUUUGGUGGUACAAAUUCUGGCCAUACAAAUGCAGAUGGUACAGCUCAUCAUUCGUCAUCUGAUGGUACACAUACUCAAACAAUUCCUGAAGAAAUUACUGUUGGCCCACAAGCUAAUUUUACAUUACUUGAUCAAGCCAAUGAAUUAAAGAAAAACCAACCUGAUCAAACAACAACAGAUAAAAUGCUUGAAGAAGAAGAACGAAUCUUUCACAAUGCUAUGGAACCAAAAGCUUUAAUGGGUAUUGGUGAAUUAGCCAAAGGUAUUGAAUAUACUGAUCCAAUUCAAACAAGUUGGCGACCACCACGAGCCGUUCUUCAAAUGUCUGAGGAACGUCAUCAACGCAUACGGCAGAUGCAUAAUAUAAUGGUUGAAGGUGAAAAUAUUCUACCACCAUUGAUUCGAUUUGAAGAUAUGAAGUUACCUGUUGGUGUUUUAAAUGCAUUAAAAGAAAAGAAAAUUAUGGUUCCUACACCUAUACAAAUGCAAGGCAUGCCAUCUGUUUUACAUGGUCGAGAUCUAAUUGGUAUUGCAUAUACUGGAAGUGGAAAGACUUUAGUUUUUGCUAUACCAAUAAUUAUGUUUUGUCUUGAACAAGAAAAAGCCAUGCCAUUUACACGUUUUGAAGGACCUUAUGGUCUUAUCAUAUGUCCAUCACGUGAAUUAGCACGUCAAACUCAAUCAGUCAUAGAAAAUAUUUGUCAACAUGCUCAUAAAUCGGGAUUACCAUUAUUAAGAACAGUAGCAUGUGUUGGUGGUACACCAAUGAAUGAUCAAUUAGACGUAAUAAAAAAUGGUGUACAUAUUAUUGUUGCAACACCAGGACGUUUAAUAAAUAUGCUUGAUAAAAAAUUAUUAUUUUUGGAUGUUUGUCGAUAUUUAUGUUUGGAUGAAGCUGAUCGUAUGAUUGAUCUUGGUUUUGAAGAAGAAGUUCGAAAUAUAAUUUCACAUUUUAAAGCACAAAGACAAACAUUAUUGUUUUCAGCUACAAUGCCAAAAAAAAUUCAAAAUUUUGCUAAAAGUGCAUUAGUUAAACCAAUAACAAUUAAUGUUGGUCGUGCAGGUGCUGCUAGUUUGGAAGUUACACAAGAAAUUGAAUAUGCUAUGCCAGAAGCACGAGUUAUAUCAUUAUUAUCAGCAUUACAAAAAACUCCACCACCGGUUCUCAUUUUUGCUCAACGGAAACAAGAUGUUGAUGCUAUUCAUGAAUAUUUAUUAUUGAAAGGUGUUGAAGCUGUUGCAAUUCAUGGUGGCAAAGAUCAAGUUGAACGAUUUUAUGCAGUAGAAAAAUUUGUUAAAGGCGAAAAAGAUGUUCUUUGUGCAACGGAUGUUGCAUCCAAAGGUUUAGAUUUUCCUGAUAUUCAACAUGUUAUUAAUUAUGAUUUACCAGAUGAUAUUGAAAAUUAUGUCCAUCGAAUAGGUCGAACAGGUCGUUGUGGACGAGGAGGUCUUGCUACAACUUUUAUUAAUAAAACAUGUGAUGAAAAUAUCCUACUUGAUCUUAAACAUCUAUUAAUUGAAGCUAAACAAGUUGUUCCACCAUUUCUACUUCAACUUGAAUCUGAUAAAGAACGUUUACUUGAUCUUGGCGAUGAACCUGGUUGUUCCUAUUGUAAUGGUCUUGGUCAUCGUAUCACUAAUUGUCCUAAAUUAGAGUCUCAACAUGCUAAAGCAACAAAUAAUAUAAAUAAGAACGAUUUUUUGGCAAAAGGAAAUUCAGAUUGGUGA